GCGCGCGGGUACAAGAGCGCGGCGCCAGCGCGCCACAGGCCGGCAUUCCCCAGCCAUGUCGCGCAGCCUCCAGCUCCUGCUCCUGAGCUGCGCCUGCAGCCUGGCGCCAGCAGCGCGGGAAGUGAAGGCGGCUUGUUCCGAGGAUGUGGACUUGCCCUGCACCGCCCCCCGGGACCUGCAGGUGCCCUAUAGGGUCUCCUGGACCAAGCUUACAGAGAGCGGUGAAGAGAGGAUAGAGGUGCAGAACCAUCACCAGAUGGAGCAGGAGGGCCCUUUCGAGGCCCCCAGUGAAGGGCUGUAUUCCCUGAAGAUCCGAAACACUACCAGCUGCAGCUCGGGCACAUACAGAUGCACUCUGGAGGGGCCGGAAGGGCAGAGAAACCAAAGUGGCACAGUGACCUUGAAAGUGACAGGAUGCCAUAAGGAGCGCAGAGAAGCAACUUUUAAGAAAUACAGAGCUGAGAUUGUACUGCUGUUGGCUUUGGUGGUUUUCUACUUAACACUCAUCAUUUUCACUUGUAAGUUUGCACGACAACAGAGUAUUUUUCCAGAUUUUUCUAAACCUGUAAUGGAACGAGCAUUUCUCCCAGUCACCUCCCCAAACAAGCCUGUGGAGCUAGUGACUCUUCCAAAGACAGAACUGGUAUGAGCAACUUUCUGCAGGAUGUUUCUCCUAAAGUUGAAGGCUCUGUGGUGUGCCUGUGUGUCACCCAGGACAAAGAAGAACGCGCCCCACACCGAAGGUGGCAGCCUUCCUGGGAAUUCCUUCACCUGACCGAAACAUCUGAAAGGGAAUCCCACCGCACUUGCUGUGAAUAGAAUUUUGAAAACCAUCACAUGACCACAUAGCAUGGGCCACCGGCUGGGUGCUCUCUUGUGCUGCUUCCUCACAGCUACCUUCUCAGUGCUCUAUUCAGCUAUCUGGUCAACCUCUUUGAACUUUUUUCAGUCACAUAAAAGCUAUGGUGAGAUGCAGUGGAAAAGGGUCUUGGGAAAUGUGAAUCUCCAGAGCUGGCCCUGGGACAGACUCUUGAGGACAGCUGCACAUCUGGGAAACAUCUCUUUGAAUUCGCUAUGUUUCUUGUACUAGCCCAGAUGUUUUAUGUCUGGAAGAAAUGGACAGGCCAUGCUGUGAGACAGUGGGGAAUAUUUAGCAAAUGGUUUCCUGGUGUGAAGGCUCUGCUAUUACUAAGGGGUAUUAUGUGUACAUAGAAAUAUCAGGUUGAUGAACUGUUCCCCAACAGGGCCUUUGCAUCUGGGAAAGACAUGUGUAAAGAAGCAAUAAAAAAGAAUGCCACCUUUAUUUUUUAUAUCUCUAUAAUGCUUGUCAAAGAAGGACUUGUAUUUUUUCUCCCUUUGAAAUUUAUAUCGACAGCUAUCGUUUCUAACUGACAAGCAGCCUGACUGUAGAGAGUGAGAAGACAUCAGCUGGGGUGACAACAAUGGGACAGAGACCCGUUUACUGGCUAGUGACCCGGUGGAAAUGUCGGACCAAUCAUGCAAUCUGGGUUUAGUCCCAGUUGUCCCCACUACCUGUAUGAUCUUGGGCAAGAUCCUCUAGUUUCUACUGUCUCGGUUAUAAGCCAAAAGCUGUUGUAUGAGUUGAUUGAAAUAAUGUGUGUGAAAAUGCUCUAAAAAAGUAUAAAGCACUCACUGUACACA